CAUUCACCGCUCAUUGUUCACGUUGUACCCGUUCUUACCCUCAAUCUUAUAUUACGCCGAGUGCUGAAAAUACACGGGAAUCAUUGUAUCCAUAACUGAUAAGCAAGUAGCUAAUGGCUUCUUUUAGCGAUAUCGAAGAACUAGUCCACGCAAUGAAAUAUAUGUUUUGAAUUAUAACACGACAUUCUUAGCCUCUACUACUCCACAAUUUUCAACGAUUCCUUUAUUAGUACUCAUAAUACUAAUAUCGUCGACUCGUAUUUAGUUUUUUUAUUAACAACAACAAUCGUCAAUAUGAAUACGAUAUAUAUAUAUAUUGUUGGUACACUCUGGCACGCUUGAUCCCGUACUUUAACCCAUAUUUCUGUUAGUAUCGAAAUAAUAAUGUUUUAAAUAUAAAUAGGUUAUCUAACCAGAUUGAGUUUGCUCAUAUGGUUCUAUUAAAUAAUCGAAUAUCCGAUGCAAUUAAAAAGAAACUAGAGUUGCGCAGUGUAUAAAAUUAAUAAUUUUGGCGGGGAAAGCGAAAAAAAAUGGCUUCCGCGUGGUUCCGGUGAAAUGUCGUCAAUUCGUAAACGAAUAACGAAUGUUAUAUCCUCAGGCUAAAGUGCCAGGUCACAAACUCCGACAAGCGAGUGUUGAAUUUGUGCAUGGAAAAAAUAAACGAUUCAGUGAACAAUUGAUUGAUCUCGAAAAAUGAGUGAUCUGGAAGAUGACCGGGAGUUCCUCGACGACAUAAAAGCUUUGGAGGACGUAUUGGCGAACGAACAUGAAACCCCGAUUGCGAAACACCUCGAAGAAGAUGUAUCGGUGUGUAACCCUGUUAGUAACCGUCGAGGAAAUACUUCAUCUCAGGGAUUUGGUGAAGUAGAGUGCGAUGAGCAAAGAGAAAAUAUAAGAAGCGAGAUUGACGAGAACCAAACAGCCUACGAGACAAAUAAAAAAUUGAUUGAAUUACUGAAGGAAACGCGACGAGAAUUAGUGACGUUGCUCGAACGGUGCCGGGAAAACAAAGCCAUACUCGAUGAGAAAAUUCGUAUGAAAGCUCGUGUGACCAAAGGUUCGAAAGUUCUGAUAUGCACAGCAGGAAUGCCGUAUUUCAAGGACGGCAAACAGUAUCCGGCUCCGUGGAAUAACGACGUCAAGAAGAAGCAGAAAAAUGAGGAAUUGCAAGUGGUGCAUCUACGUACAACGUGUCCUUGGACACCAAAGGAUAGAAAUAUACUCUGGCGAGCCAUUCGUCACCAAGCGGCUUCUGAAGUCUUGGACAGAGAAAUGGCUGAUACAGAUGAUAUUUCCACAGAAAAUCCAGAUGAUCGGAGAGAAAAGCAAAAUCCAGAUGAAGCUUUGGUGGAUAAGGAUCGCAGAAGACUCAAAAAGCCAUUGGACCUUCCCAAGAAUUUCAGGGAGAUGGUCGGUCCUUUAGGAAGCAGAGAAUUCGAUUGGCUCAAAAUCUCUGUUUCUGACUUUGACGGGCGUCACACUGCUGACGAAUGCAAAGUUAUGUGGCAAGUAUUCCUUCAUCCUGACAUCAAUCGUUAUAAGUGGACCAGGGACGAAGAUGAGCGACUCAAAACUUUGGUGGAAAAGUACCAGGCUGAAAACUGGACUGAAAUCGCAAUAGAAAUGAAGAGUCGGAGGAGCGGCUACCAAUGUUUUCUUCGAUUUAAUACCAUAAGUCGUAUCCCAUCGCAAUCGGAUGUUACCUGGAACAAAAAGGAGGAUGAGUGGCUUUGUAGAUGCGUGGAAAAGUUCAAAAUUGGCAAUUAUAUUCCAUGGGGUAUUGUAUCAAGAUACAUGCAUGGAAAGACAAAGGCUCAGAUUUAUUAUCGAUACAUGAACAACACAAAUCCGAAUUUGAAGAAAGGUAGAUUCACUAGGGAAGAGGAUGAAAAACUUGUAGAAGCAGUCAAGAAGUAUGGAGAGAAUUGGGGCCAAAUAUCACAUCAUUGUUUUUCCAAUCGAUCGGGUGUACAACUCAACGAUCAUUACCAAACGCUAAAGGUAAGAAAACAAGGGUUACAAAACGCCUGGAGUUUGAACGAGGAUGCAAGAUUGUUGUUUUUGUAUAACAAGUUUGGUGCCGACUGGUCAAAGAUUGCCAGUAGAAUGAGUGGAAAAACGAGGACUCAAGUGAGACAUCGACACAGUGCCAUUGUUCGAUAUUGGGACAAAGGGGUUUCUCUCUAUGAAAUACCUAGGAAAUACAAACAACAGAAGAUAAUAGAAACUCCUGAAGUCAAUGUUGAGGAUGAUGAUUUUAUUGAGAGUACUGGGAAAAACAGAGUCGCAAACAAAAACAAUAAGGCGACCUCUGAAAUGGAACUUAUCGAUCUUGAACUAAUGAAAUAUUUUCAAGUUAUGCCUCCAGCCUUGAGGCCCGGAAGAAAAAGAAAGUAUUAUUCUAAAGAUGAACUUCAGGAAGUCACGAGAAAAUUGUGUAUUAUCCUGAAAUGCUUGGGCGCGAAUCUCGACAUACCCGAGGAUCUGGACGACACCGAAUUAACAGAGAAAGAAAAGCAGCUUCUAAAAUCACUCAAGGAUUAUCAGCAAAUGCAAAUAAACCGAGCGAACAGUCGAUCCUUGGAAUACCUAGGUGACAGCAGAGACGCUGGAGGAUUACAUUUUUCACCGGUGUGCUCUGGAAAUUGCAAUACUGUUGGAAAAUUACAAAUUAACGAAAAAUUGGAUUAUGCGCCACCAGCAAAGCUGGAUCAUUGUCAGAUGACGUUGAAAAUGCAAUUGGAAACACCGGAAAACAUUCUUGAGAUCUUGGGUAAGGAUAUAAAUGACGACUUCGAAAAGAUCUCUAAAAUCAUGAAUUUCGCAGAUAUAAAUCAGCGUAAAUCGAAAUUUGUCACUAAAAUUUACGUUCUCGGACCUGAACAAAUCUCGAAAAUUUUACCCAACGUACUAGUCGAAACGGUGCCACGUAACUGCGCUACCAAAAUCCCCCCGGCCGACGAGGUACCAAAAAAACGAAGUAAAAAAAAAGAAAAACCAUGGAACUCCAGUAGCAGUGAAGGAAUAAUUCAACGUCUGGACCAGCCUAUUACUUGCAUAGAACCCAAUUUUUAUACAUUGCGGGCUUUGAAAUACAUUAUGUCGAAAUCUGAAACGAGCGGUGAAAAUUCUCGUUCUAAUCAAGAACCUGCGCAGCAUUCGUCGAUGAGCCGCGAGGCGAAAAUAUCAAUGAAUAAAUUGAAAGAGCGGCUUGUCCAGUUGUUUAAAUAUCCCAUUGGAUUGUCAUACAUUAUUAAACCGGAUGACACUGACGGAGCUACGAACUCUCAGUGGAUCUCGGCCGAAGAUACGAACGUCGAUGAUAACGAAGAUUCAGUUGUUUCAUUACCUUCCAAAAAAAAAAAAAGAUGUUGACGUAGGAGGCCGUUAACUCAAAAACAACCCUUGGUUCCACACCGCCAGUUGUAAAAAACCGUAAUCUUUGAUAGCAGUCUUCAUUUAGUUUAACUAAUACGCUGACGAUAAAUAAAUGAUUCACUAUGUUUUCACCGUCA